AUGCAGUGUAAUACAAACAAGGAACAAUUUGAAAAUUUAAAAUUUUCAUUUUUAUCUACAAGACGAGAAGCAUUGAAAUUUAUAAGCAUGACAGUUAUUUCAUUGAUGAAUCCUGCUAAACACCUUCUAUUUUCAUCUCGAAGAAUCGGUUAUCAUAUGAAUAAUUCUAUGGUGAAAAAGUCAUUUAUAAUAUCGAUUUUUUUAGUACUUCUUUUCGUGGAAAUUUCAGCCAUAGUUACUCCACCGUUCUGGAUGCCUUCAGAGAGUUGGUCUAGUUGUUCUGAGGAAUGUGGUGAUGGAAUUGAAAAACGAAGAUUUCUGUGUGUUCAAAAUGAUCAUUAUAAUGCAACUAGCUUGUUAGAUGAAUCACAAUGUGCAGAUUUACCUAAUCCACUUAUCCAGGAUAUAGAAGUCAAUCAAAGACCAUGUAAACUUGGUUCAUGUGGUAAAGGAUAUCGAUGGAAAGUAUCUAAAUGGGGUCAUUGUUCACAAACAUGCGGUGGACUUGGUGUAAUGUCACGUGAUGUACAAUGUAUCUAUUCAGGUAAAGAUGGAGAUCUUGUGAUAUCAGAUUUUGAUGCAUCAUAUUAUUGUGGGAAUUAUCGUCAACCAGAAAGACAUGCACCAUGUAAUCGAUUUGCAUGUAAACCAGAGUUUGUUCCUGAAAAAUGGGGCAAAUGUAUACAAAGUGAUCCAUGCCGUCCAGGACGACAAGUUCGUCAAUUAUCUUGUAUUUCUAUACAAGCAAAUGGAUCAUUACGUGAAUUACCAAUGGCAGCUUGUUAUAUGAAUGGGAAAGCAAUUCAUCCAACAUGGCGUCGAUGUUUUGAAGAAAGUUCAAGAAAAUGCGAUAGUAAACCACCAAUGAUCAAUACAGACACUUUGACUAUUGUUCAAAUGAGAAAAGUAAAAGUGAUCGACUUGAAAGUUGGUCAACAAGCAUUCGUAAUACCAUAUACUCGUGUAACUGUACGAUGUCCUGUACAAUACUUUACAGCACAAGAAUUACAAUGGGCUAAUCAAAAUCAUGGGAUAUUAGCUUAUACAGGAGCAGUUUCAGAUCGUAUAAGAGUGGAUAAACGUGGUCGAUUGCAUAUAAGAAGCUUUCGUCUUAUUGAUGAAGGUGAUUGGACAUGUAUAGCUGGGACAAUGAAUGCAACAGUUACAUUAACAGCUAGAACUCCAGCAGCAGGAUUUUAUGAUUGGGUACAAAGGAAUAGACUAUGGACAAAAGGUAUGCUUAGUGAUGAUCCUAAAGCGAUAGCUGUAAAUCAUGAAAUUAUCCAAUGGGUUGUUGGACCAUGGAGUACAUGUUCAACUAGCUGCGGUGAAGCAGGACAACAAUUUCGUGUGGUAAGAUGUGAAAAAGUUGACAGUCGAUUCUAUCAAAUACUAAAUGACCAAGUAUGUAACGAUAAAUUACUGCCAAAACCGCCAAGUGCAAGAAAAUGUUUAGAGAGUAAUAAGUGUCCGAUAUGGGUUGUUGAGAACCGUGAUUUGUCCACUUGUACAGAUCAUUGUUUAAAUGUUGGCAAAGGAUCAAUUGGUGGAAAUCUAGUCUGUAUGAUUGGAGAGAAACAAGUCGCUACAAAAUACUGUGAUAAAUUAGAGAAACCAAAUAUGGAAUGUGAUAAUCCUAUGUGUCAAGUUCAUUGGAAUGUCAGUAAAUGGUCCCAAUGCUCACGUUCGUGUGGUGGAGUUGGUGUACAAGCUAGACAACUUCUGUGUACUUGGUCACAUAAUGGUGAACUAGCUGGUUCAUUGUGUUAUUCGCAUCAACUUGCUAUUCCAGAUGUGAUACGCUCGUGUGAAGUCCCACCAUGUAAAUUAGGUUGUGUUGAUAUGUCUAAACAUUGUUCAAAGAGAGUGGAACUCUGUAAAUUUACAAUAUAUCGUUAUCAAUGUUGUCAAUCUUGUCAACAAUAUGUACAAAUGAUGUCAUCCGUAAAAGAUACUUUGAAAAUAUUUCAAAGACAAAAAUUCUCUAAUAUUCUUUCAUAA